CAUCAUUAUAGAGUGUUUUCAAAACAAGCUAAUGAACAUAAAGAAGAGUUUGCUUCGAAUAGAGAGAACAUAACAUUAUCUAGAAAAAGGAGAUCAUUGUAGCCUCUACUUUUCGCAAUUCUUGAACCAGUACUUAUUUCUUUCUCUAAUUGUUGAAGAUCCAAAACAAGUUCCCUAUUUAAAGAAACAAGGACUUCACACAUAGUUUAGCUUGGAUCCAAGGAUCUCCAUGGCGAUUCAAAGGAUGACAUGGUUCAAUCGGGCAUCUCCAGCACUGGUGGAAAUCCUGAACAAAUUAGACAGAUCUGAAACACCAACAGAUGUUGAUCAGGACAUAUAUGAGCACGGAUCAGUUCGGUACCAUGUACAGGCUUCAGCAUCAGAUCCUCAAAUUGUAUAUUUAUCAAUAUCUACGCCGCCACUGUCUCCAGAGGCUUCACUUUCCCCCGGACUUCCUGAAUGUACCAUGCGAGAUAUCAAAAGCACGUAUUCAGAUUAUGCAGAAAUUGUUGAACCUCCACGAACUGGAUUUUUACUAACCUUGAGACUUAAUUUUGCUAAAAUUUCUCACAGAAAAGAAAAACGUGUCAAGGCUAUUGCUGAAAUAUCAUCAUUGCUAGCAGUUAUUAUGACCUCACAAUUGAAGGACAUGUUGUGGAGUCUUGGUUCUAAGGAUAUGGAUUAUGGAACGUACAAGCCAGUCAAACUUGUGUAUCACCCACGAGAGCCUUUCUUUGUCUUCAGAUUGCCAGAAAAGAUAACCGUCAUAUUUCCCAUGCGUUUUAAAGAGGAUUCAGAUGUAGUGCUUGCAACCUCGUUCUUUCAGGAACUUAUGGAUGCAGGGUGUUCAGCGGCUUGCGCUAAGGCACCACGUUGCAUCUGGUCACCAAUUCCUCCACCAGAGCUGCGAGGAGAAGCAUUCCAACAUUUAGCAACCAAUGGAGGAUUUGUAUCUUUUGAAAUUCUUCCUCAACAUGUUAAAGGUGCAAGAGCAGACAAGGCUAUUUGGAUUUUACUGAACUUCGAUGCAUACGUGAAAUACCAUGUAAAGUGUACCAGAGGUUUCAUACAGAGAAAGCUAAGGCAUCGCAUGGAAAGCCUAGCUGCGGUGUUGCGAAAUGCAAGGGUAGGAAAAACUCAAGACGCCAAGAAAGUCCCAAGUAGCAGUUGUGUGAACAAGCUGAAGACGUUGUCAAAGUCAAUGGCACUCAAAAGAAAGUACGCAACUCUUGUUAGCAAUUCAAUCAAGAGGAUCCACUCACGAAUAAGAAUAAAGGGCCUGGACCGGUUUCGCCGACGUUGGUUCAAGAUUCCUAAGUUCAAUUCUCUCAGAAAAUACACCAAAUUAGAAUGACAAUGAUUUUUCCAAAAGGACGCGUCUAUGUUGUUAUUAUAAUUGUUAAGAUACUAUGGUAGUUACAGCUGAAGCAAGUUGAUUGAUAAACUACAGAUAGAUAUUGAGGCAGAGGAAAAAAAAUGUUCUGCUUUGAAUUUCAAGGGACACUGCGGUUAUUGAA